AUGAGCGCCCAAACAGACAAUUGCUUCAUCAGAAAGUUACUGAAGAAGUACCCGACGGUUAGCGAGGACACCAUCGACUCGUUGACCGGGUUUGGCUUCACAGACCGCGAGCACCUGGCGAUGAUGGACAUCGACAGGGUGCUGUCCAAACUGCCGCUACGCUUCAUUCAGCAGGAGUUUGUGAAAACCAUUUUACUUCCGAUCCAAACGAUGGAUAAACAGAGUUUGGACACUACUCUGGAGAGGAAUCUCAGGGACACCAUGGAUGAGAUGAACGCUCAGUUCGGGACCAACGCGUCAAAGACUGAACCAAUGGCUGAUCCCUCGGCACCACUCGCAUCGACCGCAACAGCGCUUCCUAUAGCCUCGACCAGUGGUCCAUCGACUUCGGGGGCAUUUGGUGGCCGAAGUUUACGCACGACUCGAGUUCUGAAUCGUGUGUCCAAUGGUUCGGUCCGAGGGAUGGUCACCGAUGGACAGGUGGACUCCAAUGAUGACCAGAGUUUGGCCGAGUGCUCAGUGGUUCUCAAUAGACUCGACCCCAUGCCUACCGGCGCCCCAAUCAAUGGUCAAAGAAAUGGUCGUAAUCGACAGAAACGGAUGAAAGCCGUGUGGGGAAAGCCGUUCCGAUGUCAUGAUAUUGGGUGCGAUAAGCGAUACCAGAAUGCUUGGGGUCUCGAGGAACACAUUAAGGCCAACCACUUAAAUAUCAGAUUUGACUGCCCGGCCAUUGGCUGCAUUAAGAGCUAUAAAUAUCAUAACACUUUGAUUGCUCACCAGAGACUCAAGAAUCACUUCUAA